CCUUCUACUUCUGUUGUCUUUGUGUAAAGCAGUGGAGCGCCCGAUCUCACGCUAUCACUCUUCCCUCUUCCCCGAAUCCUUUUAAAACUCUCCCCUGGGUUUCUACCCUCCCAAACCUCUCCCCUUCUACCCCACCCUCCCCCCGACAACACAUCUCAAAACACGGAUCAGAUCCCAUCUUUGUGACCAAAGACCCCCAGUUUUGACCCCAUUAAACUACAGCUUCUCCCAUCCAGUACUAAUUAUGGACUCCGGUGUGAUUGAAGGAGGACUCAAUGUCACCCUCACCAUUCGAUUGCUGAUGCAUGGCAAGGAAGUCGGAAGCAUCAUCGGCAAGAAAGGUGAAUCUGUGAAAAAGAUGAGAGAAGAGAGCGGGGCUCGCAUUAACAUCUCAGAGGGGAACUGUCCUGAGAGGAUCAUUACUCUGGCAGGCCCCACCACCGCCAUCUUCAAAGCAUUCUCCAUGAUCAUCGAAAAGCUGGAAGAGGACAUCAGCAGCUCUAUGACGAACAGCACGGCCACUAGCAAGCCCCCGGUCACCCUACGCAUCGUGGUGCCAGCCAGCCAAUGUGGCUCCCUCAUCGGCAAAGGGGGCUGCAAGAUCAAAGAAAUAAGAGAGUCGACAGGUGCUCAGGUACAGGUGGCAGGGGACAUGCUUACUAACUCUACAGAACGGGCCAUUACUAUCGCAGGGACGCCUCAGUCCAUUAUCGAGUGUGAGGAGAUCUGUUCUCCCCCUAAGGGGGUCACCAUCCCGCGACGAGAGUUCAAGGACAACAGCUAUCUGCUAGAGGACCCCAGCACUGGACCUAUGCUCUACCUCCAUCUCUACUCUUCCUCUGCCUCUAUCUCUCCACAGCUCACCAAGCUCCACCAGCUGGCCAUGCAGCAGAGCCCCUUUCCCAUGGGCCCUAACAACACAGGGUUCCAAGGAGGGAUGGAUGCGUCUGCCCAGACCAGCUCCCAUGAGAUGACCAUUCCAAAUGAUUUGAUUGGCUGCAUAAUCGGUCGCCAGGGUUCUAAGAUCAAUGAGAUCCGUCAGAUGUCGGGUGCCCAGAUAAAGAUCGCCAACCCUGUGGAUGGCUCCGCAGACAGACCGGUCACCAUAACUGGUUCUGCUGCCUCCAUCAGCCUGGCAGAGUACCUCAUCAACGCCAGGCUCUCAUCUGAAGCAACAGGACUGGCGACCAACUGAUAGAACAGGCUCUGCAUAGAUGUGAUCUGCACUAACCCCCCCCUCCCCCCACACAUUUUACCUUCUACCAGUCAUCUUUCCAUCACUCAGCUCUCCUUUAGUGCUCAAUGCAACUAUCCAACAUAGUUUAACUUUUUUUUUUCUUUUUUUUGGUCAUUUAAAAUCACACCACCCACCCAUUUUAAAAUGAUAAUAAUUUGUUUAUCUGCAUUCAUUUGUUUUUACGAAGAAAACAAUUUGGUUUUUAGGUCCCUUUUGAGUCCGUGUUGAAAGUUUUAAUGAUUUAUUCUUAGAUAGUUUUAUUUUUUGGGGGGGAAUGAAAGCUCUCCUUGUCUGUCUUUACACUGUCACAAAAGACUAGAUAGAGGAGAAUAAUUUGAAGGUUUAAUUCUGUAAAAGGUAGAUUUUUUUUUUUCUUCAAAAAUGAAAAGGAAAAAAUAAAUAAAAGCCUCUAAAAUAAAAAUAGAUUGACUGUUUUUUUCCCGUGCAUAUUUAAACCCCUCUAGUCAUUUUAUUCAUUGAAUAUCUGCAGAAACUCACCUUGAUUUAAUGUUUGUCACCAAAGGGGGAAACAUGGAGCUUGUGUUGUCGUCACUACUGGUGCUUUGGGUAUGACAAAUAUCUCUAACAGUACUAGCAUUAAUGGAAAAUACUUUAAAAACACGUACAAACACAUUUCACCUUAAACAUUUUUUUUGUUUCCUUGUCAUUCCUAUUUUUCUAUCUUCUCUUUUACCCCGUGUCAUGUUCAGGAUGUGUCCCAAAUUGCACACUAGUUCCUAUGUAGUGCACUAUUAACGUAAUGAGGGUGCCAUUUGGGAUGCCGACUAUAUUGCUGGGGUCGGAAGGUUGUUGGGGUUCUGCUCGAGGGCUAGGAAGCAGAGAGGACGAUCCUCGUUUUUCUUUAAAGAUAAUACCACAAAAAAAAAGUUGCAAUAUUUGUUUUAAAUGGAGGAAAUAUUUUUGUUUUAACUACCAAAGGGGAUCGAAUCCUGAAUAAUGACAGGCGUGUGUGUCUAAGUGUGAGGAGAGAAACUAAGAUAUAUUAUGAAUGAUCGUUAUUAAGCUGAAACUAAUAUUAUGGAUGAUCGUUAUUAAGCUGAAACUAAGACAAAGAAAAGGGUGUUUUUAAAUUGGUUAACACUAGUUUCCUGCUCUUUGCUGAAGUCAGAAUUUAUUUUUUAUUAUUUGCAGGAAAUAAAUAUUUUGUGCACGUUUUUGGAAAGACUGUAGACCUGGGUGCCACCACAUUGUUAAAAUAAACUACAGAAAUAAAGAUGUGAAAUGCUCAAACUUCAAA